AUGAAUGCUAGCCCUUGCAUACUACACAAACUUUUAGACAGAACCUAUGGAUCCACCAAAGACGUUUACGGUGACAUACCCCUAACAAUUGCCAUAAAAUACAAUAAUGAAAGAGCAGUAGACAUGCUGAGGCACAGCAUUCACUUCGAUGCAUCAGCAAAGGAUAAUCAAGAAAAUACGCUGCUUCACAUGGCCUGCCGUCACGACAAUUUACCACUUCUUGAAAUAAUAUUCGCUCACACAACAAACUUCAACGCAAGAAAUGUGUACGAAGAAACACCCCUUCAUAAUGCGUGCGCUUUCAACAACGUAACGGCAAUUAAAAUGCUAAAGAAAAAUUACGUGGACAGAAACGCUUUGGAUAUGAGAGGACAAACACCGUUGGUCGUAGCGGCAAGCUUUAACUAUACAGAGGCAGCAAAAGAACUAUUCGAUGACACAAACACGCCAGUCGAGCCUAUUCUAUUAAAUGAUGACAUCAACUCGACAGAUGUGAUCCUCGUGAAUGGCGAAGCUAUCAAUAUAAGAACAUGUAUUCUCCUAGACGCUACAGACGAAUGUGGAAACACGGCCUCACACUACUGUUCCUUUUUCGGUAAUCAAGAACUAGCAAGUUUUCUCAUCCACAAAGGCACGAGAACAACGGUCCUCAACAACGAGCAAGACUCCCCUGUCACCCUUCUGGCUAAACUGUCAUGGUUACAAUUGCCCUAUAUAUACGGAGGUUCAUGA